AUGGAGUCAGUGGAUAAGACCCUGAGUACUUUCCAGAUGUUGUUGCGUCAACAGAAGGAGGAGUUUCAGAAGAUUUUCCCGCAUCUCAAUAACAUUCGAGUACCUGCUGAAGAGACGGUGCAAACCGUCAUCAACCCGGAUGGCACGGUGACGCACAUCAAGACGACGCGCAGUCAGCAGGCGAUGUCUUUUCGGCACAUGCGCAGCACGGUCAACGGGGUGACGACCUCCAGCUCGCUGAGGGCUGUCGUCGAGUACCUGGGACCGAACGGCAAGUGUCAGGUGAAGUUGGAGAUGGUGGACGACAACGCGAUCGAGUCCGAGAGCGAGGACGAUGACGACACCGUCUCAAUGAUGUCCGACUCUUCUGAUGUUUCUGACAUAUCCGGCGCCGUGGUACCCAUAGAUUCCUUCGCAGCGCGUCUACCUACGAAGAAACAAAAGCAGGCGUUCUGUGCAGCCAAGGAGCUUGUCGAUUCCGAAAGAAGAUACGUGUUGAAACUACGUCUUCUCGAUGAGAUUUUCCGGAACAAGUUGAUCGAGGCUAACGCCCAGAGCACGUUCCUUUCAACUGAUAAAAUGUCCAAAUUGUUUUCCAACCUCAGCUCAUUGCACGCGUUUCACAGAGACCACUUUUUGCCACAGCUGCAGAGUCGAAUCGACAACUGGCAACAACAGCAAAAGAUGAGUGACGUAGUUUGCCAGCUCGCUCCCUUUCUCAAAAUGUACAGCGAGUAUACUAAUAACUACAACCGGGCGAUGAAGGUAUUUGCGGAUCUUCAGAAAAAGAGUCGCAAGUUUGGAGCUGUUGUAGCUGCCACGGAGUGUUUACCCGAAUGUGACAAUUUACCUCUGGCAAGCCACAUAAUAUGUCCCGUUCAAAGGGUAAUGCGGUAUCACCUUCUACUGCAAGAGUAUUUCAAGAAUCUGGAACCAGGCCACCACGACAAAGAAGACACUGAAAAAGCGGUUCAGCUCGUUAAGACAGCCGCUAGUCAUGCCAACGAGAUGAUGAGAAAAUUGGAUAAAUACAAGCACGUGAUUGAAGUGCAAGAGAUGCUUGGAAGCCAAAUAUCUGAUCUUCUGAGUCCAAGUCGAGAAUUGGUGAAGCAGGGUCGCAUGACCAAAAUUUCGUCACGAAACAACGAACUACAAAGCCGAUAUUUAUUCCUCUUCAACGACAUGCUCCUCGUCUGUGCUGAAAGAAAAGUGCCUCUGAGCAAAUAUAAACUCAGAUCACUGUUUGAAGCAGACGCCAUGCAGGUGCUAGAGGGAGACAACCUAGAGAUGGAAAACACGUUUUCGGUGCGGAGCAGGAAUAAAUUCAUCGAACUGUGUGCGUCGACCGUCCAUGAAAAGAACGAAUGGAUGGAUGCCUUGUGGUUCGUCAUACGGGAUUUCCGUGACCGAAUGCAGUCGUUUAUUCGGCCAGAAAAGGAUAUAUCUGAUGUGAACGUGAAGAAGUCGACCAAAUCAUCGCCUAAAUCGUGUUCGUUUUGCACGUCCGUUUUCAACACGUUCAAGCGCGAGUACAUCUGCCGAUCCUGUGGAGUGAUUGUGUGUCGCAAAUGCUGUAGCAACAAAGUGGUACUGUCUGAAGGAAAGAAGGAGGCGCGUGUUUGCGAAAAAUGCUACGCCAAGCUGAAGAACGACAACUUUAAACCAUACACUGCGUUCAGCCGGAAGAGUGUCUUCGAGGUUAGCCCUGACGAAAACUGCUUGUGGCGAGGAUACCUAGAUAUCAAGUCGUUGAAGAAGCCAUGGACUAGGAAGUACUUCGUUGUGCACAUGGACUAUGUUCUUUACAGCUUCAAUAGCGAGAAGGAUACGUAUGCGAGUACUUCUGCGCCGCUACCCGGCGUGAAGAUUUGCCUUCCGGAAGCAAAAUACGAUUGGGCAUUCGGUAAGGAGCCGAACGUAUUUGAGAUGGAGCAAAGACGCAGAGUUUACUUCCUCAGAUGCCAGAGUAGGGAGGAAAUGGCCAAAUGGAUGGCCGUUUUGGACCUUGCUUCGAAAGCAGAACUUCCUAUUAUUAACGCCAGUUGA